AUGUGGAAUUUAGACCAAGGUCCAAAGUAUCAAUUGUCGCCAUCCCUUCAAAUUAGGGUUCUUCACAUAACGAUGACGGGAAAAGCAAAGCCAAAGAAGCACACAGCGAAGGAAAUCGCUGCGAAGGUGGACGCAGCGACGACCAACAGAGGCGGUGGCAAGGCCGGAGUCGCUGAUCGCACCGGCCAGGUGAAAGGCGGUCAUGCUAAGUAUGAGUGCCCUCACUGCAAGAUUACCGCACCGGAUGUUAAAACGAUGCAGGUUCAUCAUGAUGCUAAGCACCCUAAGAUUCCCUUUGAUGAAUCUAAAAUCAGCAACCUCCAUGCCAUCCUUGCACCUGUUGCUGAUACAUCGAAACCUCGCCCUGGUGUUCGUGGCAGCCUUAAGAAGAAUGAAAAGAUGCCUGAGAAGUGAAGGGGGCAAAGAUAUCAACAAGAAAUGGUGGGGUAUGAUUUUUUAAUCAGCUUUUUGUUUGUGUGUUAUAAUAUGCUUUGUGGUUAAACGCCAAUAAUCUUGCAAUGAUUGUGUAUAUAUACGAAAAAUAUCAAAUAUAGAAAAGGUACCAAGACAAAUUGGUAUGAACAUAAAAGCCAAGAACAUUAAAUAUCAAAGCUUGUUUUGAUUACAUCAGUUUUAGCGAAAAUUGCAAAAUAUUGGAUGGGAUGUUUUCUAUACUUG